UCCCUCGAUUUGCGAUUAAAGAGAGUGGCGUGUAUGACAUUUAAUUUCCUUAAGAGCUAGUUUGCCCUCAGUAGUAGAAGUUUAUGUGGUAAACUUUAUUUAUUUUGAGCUUAACUCAUCCCAGUUACACAUACAGAAAUGGACACGCAUCGCUCAAUAAGAAAAAGUGAAUCUGGCAUCAGUUCCGACAUUUUAGGCCAGCCAUACAGCAUCUCGGUGUUGAAAGAGGGCUACUGCACAGCUGAACCAGACGGAGCGUUUAGAGCUGACGGUACUAUUUCUUUAGUUACUGGACCACAAACUAUCCUGGUGGACACCGGGGGCCCGUGGGACCGAGACUUCCUCGUCGCGAAACUUAAGGAGAAAGGUCUGACACCAGAUAAUGUUGCUACAGUAGUCGGAACCCACGGUCACUCGGACCACGUGGGAAACCUGGGCUUGUUUCCAAACGCCAAAAUAAUCGUGGGAUGUGACAUAAGCGUGGGGGAUCGAUAUCUGCCAAACCAGCUGGCUGAGGGACAGCCAUACCACAUUGACGACUUUGUAUCCGUCAUUCCCACGCCUGGCCACAUGGGUAGAGAUGUCAGUGUCCUGGUGAAGGGAACAUCGGAGGGGACGGUCCUUGUUGCUGGAGACUUGUUUGAACGCUGCCAUGAUGAAGAUUCAUGGAAGGAGUUGAGCGAGAAUCCUCAGAUACAGGAGACCCACCGACAGAUGGCGCUGCAGAUGGCUGAUGUGAUCAUUCCUGGACAUGGGCCAUUAUUCAGAGUGCACAGGCAGUGAUGACUUUGACGUAAUCCUGGAGAUAUAGAGCAAUUAUGAACCCUUGAUUACAAGCAACACGAUAAU